GGGCGGCCCGGGCUCGGCGGCCCCGUCCGCGCUCCCCCUGCCCAGCCCCGGCCAUGAAUAUGUAACUCCCCUCUAUUUCCCGAGCUCCAUUGCGGAGCCGCCGCUCGCCAUAUUGCGCUGCGGGGGUUGCGGCGGCAGCGCCGGCCGGAGGGACCCGGGCGGGACCCGGCGGCACUCGCCAUGUCUCAGGCCGUGCAGACCAACGGGACGCAGCCCCUGAGCAAGACCUGGGAGCUGAGUCUGUAUGAACUGCAGAGAACACCUCAGGAAGCCAUCACGGAUGGGCUGGAGAUCGUGGUGUCCCCCCGGAGCCUGCACAGCGAGCUGAUGUGCCCCAUCUGCCUGGACAUGCUGAAGAACACCAUGACCACCAAGGAGUGUCUGCACCGGUUCUGCGCCGACUGCAUCAUCACGGCCCUGCGGAGCGGCAACAAAGAAUGUCCCACGUGUCGCAAAAAGCUCGUUUCCAAGAGAUCCCUGCGCCCGGACCCCAACUUCGAUGCUCUCAUCAGCAAGAUUUACCCGAGCAGAGAUGAAUAUGAGGCUCAUCAGGAGAGGGUGCUGGCAAGAAUCAGCAAACACAACAACCAGCAAGCCCUGAGUCACAGCAUCGAGGAGGGAUUAAAGAUCCAGGCCAUGAACAGGUUACAGAGGGGCAAGAAGCAGCAGAUCGAGAACGGCAGCGGAGCAGAGGAUAACGGAGACAGCUCCCACUGCAGCAACGCCUCCACACACAGCAACCAGGAGGCAGGGCCCAGCACCAAGAGGACCAAAACCUCGGAUGAUUCCGGGCUGGAACUGGACAAUAACAACACCACUGUGGCCAUAGACCCUGUGAUGGAUGGGGCCAGUGAGAUCGAGCUGGUCUUCAAGCCUCACCCCAAGCUGAUGGAGAACGACGACAGCGCGCAGACGAGGUACAUCAAGACCUCGGGCAAUGCCACAGUGGAUCAUUUAUCCAAGUACCUGGCUGUGAGGUUGGCUCUGGAGGAGCUUCGGAGCAAAGGAGAAUCCAACCAGAUGAACCUGGACACGGCCAGUGAGAAGCAAUACACCAUCUACAUCGCCACUGCCAACGAGCAGUACACUGUGUUAAAUGGGUCGUUUUCCCUGGAACUGGUCAGUGAGAAGUACUGGAAGGUGAACAAGCCCAUGGAACUGUACUAUGCGCCCACGAAGGAGCACAAAUAGGCCAUGCUGGGAAACUGGGCUGGGACUGACUCUUUUUAUAGCUACAACUUCUUUAAUAUGAAAAGAAGGCACCACCAGUAUCUUCCUGGACAAUACCUGUGCUGCCUUCGGGCACCCUCAGUAUACUCAGUAAUAUGAUUAGACAGUAUUCUGGGUCGUAUUUAAUUUAGUCUUUGGGUUGGGUUUUUUGGUUUUUCCCUAGGAGACUAAAUGACCUUCUCCAUCCAGUGCAUUCCAGUGUUUGACAUGCUUUUUUUGUUCCUAAUGCAUGAUGACUGAGCGAGUGUUCCAGUUUGGAAUGUCUUCAUUUUGUCCAGGUAAAUCUGGAUUUCUCCUACAUUUGACACAGUUACAGUAGCCUCUGUGAACUAUUGAGUGUUGGAUGGCCAAGGAAGUCUGUUCAAUAGUAGCAUAUGCCAAGGAAGGUGUUAAAUGUUAGAAUUUGGUACCAGUUCUCCAUCUGAAAGAUUGGUAGAAAACGGAUUUUGGAUGGCCUUGCAGCUAGAGGUGAUUCCCUAGGAAAGGUUUAUUAAGUCAUUUUCUUGUGAACAAAUGUGAGUUUGGCAUCUUGGGAGAGGCAUCACUGCCCAUGGCAGGGGGUGGAACGAGAUGGUCUUGAAGGUCCCUUCCAACCCAGACCAUUCUGGGAUUCUGUGAUUCUAAAUAGAGCUGCAGUGAGAAAACUUGGAACUCUUGCUGUUUACUGGGCUUAAUUUGAUCCUUCAGGGCAAGGGGAUUCAUGAGAUUGGUUUGGUUUUCAGUCAAAACAAGCCCAAACAACCCAAACCCAUAACUCUUCCCCAUGCAGGAUGUGCCAGUGUUGAUGAUUGCCUCCUGGCCUCUCUUACAAUGCCCUGUCCUCACAGCUUAAGGGAAGUAAAUGUUGUGGAAGCGUCACAGCCCUGCUCUGUUCCCUGGAGUGGGAUCUCUAUUGUGAGCAUGUUAGAAUGGGCUCUAAAGAACUGUCUGGAAAACUUGUUUUUUAAAGCAAAUCCCCCGAAUUCCAGCACGUGGCCAUCAAAAUGCUUUGCUUUAGGGAAUUGUGCCACCCCAGCAGUGACCUUAUCCUGGUGUGUGAGUAGGAAAGACUUCAACCAUAAGCUGCUCCAAGAUUCUCCUUUUUUUUCCUUUGCCAUAGCUUUAACAAACAUGGCUUAGCACUUUGGAAGACAACUUUAGUACUUGACAACGUGUACCAUUGAGUGUCUUAACCUUAGGUUCGAGUGUUCCAGCUUGGCACUGGGCCCUCGUGUGAGGCCCGGGAGCUGCUGUUUGCAUGUCCCACCCCUCUGUCCUGGCUCUGGGCUUGGCUGUGGCUCUGGGGGAGCUGCUUCCCCUGCGUCCUGCCUGAAGGAUGUUCUGUCCCCACGAGGUUCCCUUUGCUGGAGGACUUGCUGAUGACCCUUCACCUCUCUGCACCUGGAGCUCGAGGCAGAGCUGGUGAUGGGUGAGAAGCAAGACUUCACACCACAGUGUUGCUCCUCCUGUGUGCUGCCCGCAGUUCCACUGGUUUUGGCAUGUGCUACACCAGUAUUCCAAUGCCUGGGGAUUCUCCUGGGAAGGAUUUACCCUUCCCUGGCUCCAGGCUUUCCUAGCACCUGUAAAUACGUGGUCCUUUCCAGCUGCUGUUCCAGGUCAGCUUUAUCCCGCUGAAAACUGCACAGGCUUCCUUGAGUAACUGAAUUGUUUUCUCUGACUGGAGAGACUUGGGGGUUUGUGACUUGAAGUUUUGAAGCCCCAGAGCACAGAGGGGGCAGUUCUUAAGGAAAUAUGUUCUUACUUUCUGGUGAAACGUUGCUGUAUAGACUAGUAGUGCAUGUCCACAGAAUAUAAGCGGGGGGUGGGGGAGCAGCCAUGGGAAAUGCUUUAAAUUCAUGGGGAAACUUCUAGAUUAGUUGUCAGCAUCCCUUCCGGUGUGAGAGCUGUAGGGAUGAACAGGCCCUGAAGCAAGAGGGGUGUUUGUGAAGCUGAGCAGUCUGUCUAGGAGCUGUCUGUCACUUUGUCCCCAGUUCUUUCAAAGAGCGUGGGAGAAUGUGAAGCUUUUAUUUUCAUGUUGUAGUGAAUUUCCUGAAUAUUUAUGUUCUUUAAAUAUUAUAUAUAUAAUGUAGUUGUUUGAUUAAACCAUUGAUUGCACUGUGACUCUUUAGUGCUAGAAACUAUUUUAUUUUCAACAUGACGUUACUCUUGCCCCUUUCAAAGCCAUGUUAUUUUUAAGUACAUAACAUGUUAGGUAUGGGUAAGCCUAACUUAACUAUCUCCUAUCCAACUAAAGUCCCACUGAAAUGCUCAAACUGACAAUAAAAGCAAAAAUGUUAUCAA